UUGACGUACCAGUUUGACGUUUAACAACUUUUUAAUUUGGUUAUUGUUUUUUUUUGUGAAAAGAUGGAAAGUUUGAAAGAAUAUAAUUGAUAAGUUCUUUCCUAAAGUAAGGAUAAAAUAUACAAGUUAGCAACAAAUAUCUAUGUGCAUACGAUUUUUAUAACUGACAGUUAAAUCAUUAUUAUACAAUGGAUCAAGAUGAAAAUAAUCUUGAAGAGGGAGAAAUUCAAGACGAUGACGAUACUGAAGUCUAUACUCCUCUGGAGAGGCCCCAAACUUAUGCCUUAGAUAUCCCACAAAAAAGGUUUCCUGUUGAUACUCAUUACAGUGAAAGUGAAGAGGAACAACAAUCUUCUGGUAGCGACAGUGAUCUUGACGUUGGCAUUCCCCGAAGUAAAAAACCAAAAAAAAUUAAAGUUAUUCCAAAACUUAUACCUAAGCCAAACAAGUUGAAAAAGUAUGACAUUUGGAGUACCCGGGCCCAGGAAGAUGUUUUAGCUGAAACAAUGAAUAGCUGUGAUGUUAGUAUAAGAGAUAGAUCGCGUAAUGUUGAAUCAUAUGAUUAUUCACUUGCCGCAAAAAUGUAUGAAGAACUGGAGGCAACUCAAGGAAACAAAAGAACCAGGGCUGAUAGAAAAAAUAAGCUUUUUAGACAAAAACAUAGAUCAAAUAGUCCAGAAACGGAAAUCAAAGGAACAUCAAGAUUGAUUCCAGAUUUAAAAGUGGAUAUUACCAGUGACAUCAAUGAAAUUGCCACAGAUAUGGCAAAUAAACUUGGCGAAGAAAGGGAAGACUUAAUAUUAAGAGUGCUGGAUGUAGUAGGAAUAGAAAGAACAUUUAAGAUAUAUGAGGAAGCUCAAAGAAUAGAAAAGGAGGGUGGAAUGCUAAUAAUGAAUCAAACAAGGAGGAGGACUCCAGGUGGAGUUUUUUUGUUUUUAGUGAGACAUGACAAGGAUCUGAAUUUAGAAGAAAGAAAUAAGAUAUUCGAUGAAGAGAAACAGAAGUACAAGAAAAUAAUUAAAGACAAAAGGAAAGAGAAACUUCAAAAGAUUAAAGAUGAGACAAAGAAUGAAAGGAGGGAAUUGUUACCAGAUCUGUUAAACCGUGCAAAGUUAUUUGCAGCACAAAAUUCCAACCGAGAAAUUAAAGAAACCGACGAGGUUAACUGUACAAACCCACCUCCCAGUCCCGAAACAGACCAUCACGAAAGCUGCGAUGGUACAGAUUCAAAUCCCCAAAACCAGAUAUCUAAAGACUUUCUAUGCAGUCCGCAAAAGCUAAAUGACGAUGGCUUAGAAGACUCUAGGGGAAAGUUAAAAACAUACGAUGAUGAUUUUCUAGAUAUUAGUUUGGAUAAUGAAAUGGACUUGUUUUAAAGGUUAUGUUAAACUGGUCUUUUUUUAUUGUUAUUAAUAGCACAGAUAACAUAGUAAAAUUAGCAUAGAUUACUAUGUUAUCUGUGGUAAUAGUCCAGGAGGCAGUAAAGAUUUUCAGUACUUAUGUUCCCAGUCAGCAAAGACCGGUAGAAUUAUCCUGUAUGUUAUUCUAAGCAAAUUUCAUAUACUGAUUUGGUCAAUUUAGAAGCGUGGUCUGGAUUUUAAUGUGUAAGACAGUGAUGUAAGCAGCUUAAUGGAAAAUCAAAUGUAUUAAAAAGAGACAAAAGUGGGGUUGACACAUUUCUUCUAUGCAGUAUUGCCAGAUUUUGCAUCAUAGGUUAAAACCGUACAAGUAGGUGUUUAUGGAAAAUGUUGCAUCUAGAGUUGGAACCUUAUUUUUCACAAUUAGUUGUCUUGUCUUGUCUCGGUUUUGGCUUUGCUACUGGGCAAUUGCCAAAUUUCACAAUUAGUUACUUGUUUUAAUACAGAUGUAAUAGAUUAUAUUUAGCUUAGAUAUAUUAUCUUCAUUUCAGUAGUAUACCUGAAAGUUUUUAAAAUAGUUUAUUUUUUUUCUACACAAAUUUUCCUACAAAUGUAAAAACCGGCAACACUGUAUGCCCCUUUUGAUUUUGUCUCUCUAUCAGUCACUGUCUGUCAACUGGUCAUUUAUAUUAUUCUCUGUCUUACAUGCCACCCUUCUAAAAUGACCAAAUUGGUUCACCCACUGGGAAAAUAAGUACAAAAAAAUUCACUACCUGGACUAUAAGAACUAAUAUGAAAUAUAAACAAGAUUUCUAA